UGAUAAAACAAAUGGAAGACGAAUGUACAUGGCACAGGUCGCGAAAAAAACAUUAGGAGCAUGUUCGCAGUUUCCUUAUGAGGUAAAUUUCUUGUGAAACGAAAUAGCAAACCCACAUUAGACAUAGAGAAACCCCACGUGCAGCGCGUGACUCGUUAAAUACUGAUGUUUCUAGCGCGUGAUAAAAUUGCAAAUCAAGUCUCUGAAGAUGAAUGCUAGACAUUGUAUAAAAGGUAAAUAAAACAAUGGCAUAUUCUGAUCAGAAUCACGAGAUACCUAAAGGUAUCAGAGCAAGACAGAAUGGACACUAUGAGAUUCCAGGAGAAAAAACUGCAACCAAGACAGGCUUAGAUAUAUUAUAUACAUCUCGGAUAGACCGCGGUAUAAUUGAGGAAGACGUAGAAAGAAAGAUAACGUCACUGAAACAAUUACUGGAGAAAGAUCUAAGGGCUGCCGAUUUAAAAUGGUCCCUUUUUGUAGCAGCAUCCAACACUUACCGUUACGACAGUUGUUUAAAACCGUUUCCACCUAUGUAUAUCAAGAACGAGUGCAAGGAUAUCGAAGCAUUGAGAAGAGUCAUAGAGUCAGUCCCUCCUUUGCCCGUGAUAUGCAAAGAACUCGGUGAGACAGAUGUCUACCAAAAUUACGGUGAAAUAAUAGAGCUAUUAUAUUGGGUACUGUUACGAUUAAGAGAUCCAUACAUCAAAAGUAUACAGAAAGAAUGCUACAGUUCCAUACUGAGGAAAGUGCCAUUGGAAGUGCCGGUUGCAGCACCAAAUCUUAUAUUUCAAAUAGCAAAUGCGAAACAAUCUACAUCAGAAGAGAAAUGGAAGUCAAAUGCUAAAGGUCAUUCGACAUUUUAUGCGUAUCACGGCAGCCGUUUGGAAAAUUUCCAUUCCAUCGUACAUUAUGGUUUACAACAAAACAUGUGCAAAAGAUCAGAGUUUGGCAAAGGAAUAUAUUUUUCAAGUGAAUUAGGAGUGAGCUUACCGUACAGUCCUGUGGGUUAUGGUUGGGGAGGUAGUCUUCUUGGAAGCGAGAUAAGCUGUAUAGCUCUCUGUGAGCUUAUUAAUCAUCCUGAUAUAAAGAGAGGAGAUUCGAGAGAUAACUCACAAAAUACAUUGAGUGAUUCAGUUGGUGGAAGAAUACCAGACAAGUACUUUGUAGUGACAAAUAGCGACUUAGUAAGGAUGCGCUAUUUGCUCGUUUAUACUCAAGAUCUCCAUACAACUAGUAGUGAUAGUACGGGAUUGCUGGCAUGGUUCAAGCAACACAAAUUACUGACAUUUAACCAUACAAACCAGGAAAAUAUCAAAAGUAUAAAACCUUCGGUGGUUGUUGUACCAUCAAGAGGAAAAAGAGCCGUACUAGGUGAAAUAAGUAACAGGGUUAACACGUUGAGGGGUGUCGAGCCCAUUGAUAGGGUUAGUUUAUUACAAAGGAAGAAAGUGCCAAUAUCGAAACGGCAAGCUUUAAAGCCAAAUGUAAAUCCACCUGAAAAGCCAAACGUAAAUCCAUCUGAAAAGCCAAAUGUAAAUCCAUCUGAAAAGCCAAACGUAAAUCCAUCUGAAAAGCCACCAGUGCAAAUCGUAAAACCAAUUGUAAAAACAAUAUCAUCUUCCAAUGUAAAUAUUGCUUGCAAUGUAGUCAAUGUACCAGCUGCUCUUAUUAGUCAAAAGAGAGAAGAGAGAAAUUCGUUUUCAACGGAUUUAUUAAAAUUUGAAGAUAUUGACGAGCAAGACAAGAAUAAUCCUAUUCUAGUUUCUCUCUAUACUAAUGACAUACAUGAAUAUUUAAGGACGUUAGAGAUUAAAUUUACUAUUAAGAAGGGAUAUCUAGCGGGCCAGGAAGUCACUCCUAAGAUGAGAUGCGUAUUGAUAGAUUGGUUGGUAGAAGUGCAUCAACAAUUUAGAUUGAUGCAAGAGACAUUGUAUCUCACCAUCGCAAUUAUCGAUCGCUUCUUACAAUUGUUUCGAUCUAUAGAUAGGAAGAAAUUACAGCUAGUAGGUGUAACAGCUAUGUUUAUCGCUAGCAAGUAUGAAGAAAUGUACUCGCCAGAUAUAAGUGAUUUUGUAUAUAUCACGGACAAAGCAUAUUCAAAGAUAGAUAUAUUGAAUAUGGAAAUGCUUAUUGUGAAAACUUUGGACUAUUCGCUCGGGCGACCAUUACCGCUGCAUUUUCUUCGAAGAUAUAGCAAAGCUGGAAAGGCGCUCCCUAUACAUCACACGAUGGCUAAAUAUUUUCUUGAGGAAAGCUUGGUUUAUUAUGAAAUGUGUCAUUAUCCACCAAGUCUCAUCGCUGCAGCUGCGAUAUACCUAGCAUUUUUAAUUAUCGGUAAUGAUGAAGAAGACGAAGGCAAGAUUAUUUGGUCAGACACUCUUGCAUACUAUAGUACUUACUCCAAGGACGAUGUGUUACCUGCAGUACACGAUAUAGCUGCCAUAAUAACCAAUGCAGAAAACAGUAAAUAUCAAGCUGUGAGGAAGAAGUACGUUCAUGUGAAACACAUGAAAAUUAGUAUUCGACCAGAACUUAAGUCGCCAAUUAUGCUUUCCAUUGCAGGAAAAAGCAAUAAGUCAUAAAUUUGUAAUAAAACA